UGGUCGACAACCAGAGAAACGAGAACGUCAAUUCGCACUCUGUAGGUAUAAAGUACACUGUAGGAAUUAAACGCGUAAUUCGAUGACAGUUUAUUUAUAGUUCUGCGUUAGUUUCGCCUGAAAAUGUUGAAAAAAUGACCAGCAAUGACAUCCAAUUGAUCUGAUGUCAGUACGUAUUAAAAAUGCAGUGGCACUGAAAACUGACGAGGUGCUAAAUUGUUGCGUAGGUGGCUUGAUAUUAGAACUACACUUGGACUGUCUCAUUAUAUUUACAUUAAGAAAAACUAAAAGUGACUACGGUGGAUUGUACGAUUCGAUAAUUUUAAUUACGACUGUGUAAUCACAGUCAGCUUACCACGCAGCAAUCAUGGAACAAGUGAUUGCUUUAAGUACACGGAGUCCAUUGUCUUUAUUGAUAAAGUUCGGGAUAAUGACCUGGAAUGAUACUUGCGGUAAUGAAAAUUGUUCUGGACAUGGAGAAUGCCACAAUGGUACUUGUUUAUGCGAGAUCCAAUUCGAUGGAUUAGAAUGCCAUGUUCCAAAUUUAAGUUACUACAUUGCAUUCGCAACAAUAUUCUUUAUGUUGGCAUUUGUGUGUCUGAUACAACUUAUUAUGUGUAUUGUUGCUGAAUGGCAAAAAAUGAAAGCACCAUCUUUUCUUAGAGCUUGUAGGGUCACUACACAAAAAGUUUUGUAUUUCAUUGUAUUUCUGGCCUCAUUAAUUCGAGGAGCAUAUUUUACUUCUCCAACUGCUUUUAAGGAAGGAUGGUCAAGAAGUUUAUUAUCCGCAUACUAUCCACUUGUUUUAAGUGGAUCCUCGUUAAUUGUAUGCUUCUGGGCUGAAGUAUUUCAUUUGCGGGAUGUAUCAUGGGACAAGCCACAAUUUCUAUCAAAAUCAUUUAUGGGGUUUGUUGUAUUCAAUGUGUUGACAUAUUCUUUGCUAUUGGCAGAAUUUAUUACCGCUCAAAUAUAUUCACAAGAGGAUCAGAGCUUUCAUACCCAUAUCUUUAACGGAUGUUAUGCAGUGCUUUUGUUCAUUGUUGUGGUCUUUUUCUUGAUCUAUGGAGUAGAAGUCUUUUUCAAGGUUCGAGGUGGAUUUUUGUAUGACUAUCAAGGUAGUACAAUUGUGAACAAACGCAUUGUCUCUGAUUUAAAAGCUAAUGCUGAGGAACAAGUUACUGCAAAACUAUUCGAUCCUGUUCCGAGCACAUCGCAAAUAUCGGAGGAACAACAACAACAAAUAAAUAUGUCUCAAUUGCACCAGUCUCGUAUUGGAUUAUUAUCACAAGCUUUUAUGCUUUUCAUUAUUGUUGGAUUUUUGUGCAGCGAAAUGCUUAGCGAAUUUUGGAAAACUAAAGUUCCUCUGUACAGCAGAAAUUGGCAUGACGUCGUUUUCCGUGUCAUUGAGGUUGGAGUAGUAUUGUGGUUUCCCUGCGUGUUAUGGAAUUGUUUUAGUCCAGAACAAUUAUGGAUUUUGAAUCCAAAGCGUAUUCUGAAAAGACUGGAUCACUCAAAGUACGUUAAAGAAAUUGAGUUACAAGACAAAAGUGGAGAACAGGACGCUGCACUCUUCUCGGACGGAGCUUCGAUUAGUAGUAAAGAUUGUUGGAUUUGUUACGAUAGCGACAGGCAAGAUGCUGGCCCAUUAAUUCAACCUUGCCAAUGUAGAGGUGACGUAAGCGCGGUUCACCAUAAUUGUUUACGUCGAUGGUUAGUCGAGAGCUCUGCAAAUGCUGAUAGUCUCACGUGUAAAGUGUGUGGCGCACAGUAUAACGUUGAACAUACAGAUAGGUUGGAUUGGCAAAAUAGUAUAACUUCACGUCAUUGUUUGCAAACUAUUGCUAUUGUUACGACAAUGUGUGGGUCUUCAGCUGCAGCCUGGACACUUAUUCAAUUAGUAGAGGGUCCCAUUAUUAGAAUGUUUGCAGCUGGUACUGCAUUAUUGGUGAUGUACGUGUGUAUAAGGUUUUUAAGUUUAAAUACAGUAGUUGCAUAUCAACGUGCCAAAAUUUCGUCUUUAAAUAUUAUCAGUUCCGACAAUAAUGGAUCUGCGCAUGUUUCAACUAUUAGUCACACAGUUUGCGUGGAUCUGGUAAAGUCUGAAACAGCUACGAUAUAAUUGAGACUUGCCUAUUUUAUUUUCAUUCAUAAAAAUAAUUUCCAGAGAAAAGUAGAACAAAGUUCUUAAAAUUUUAAAUAGAUGUAAAUAAUGCGUGAAAUUGUUUUACACGCUGAACAUUUUUUUACAAUUCCGUUCGUUAUUUGACGAAUUGUGAAGAAAUGUAUAGCAUAAUUUACAACUGUUCCGAAGAGAAAAGCGAUUGCCAAAUUUUCAAGUUUUCGUAUAUUUUUCGACUAGUCCGUCAGCAAGUUACCGUAAAUUUAAGAAAUUUUAAUUAUUUUCGUGCUUUUAGUAGCAAACGAUACAUUUAGGUUAUUAGACGACACUAGCGACAUGUUUGCCAGUAUAAAAAUUCGUGCUACUAAGAGUUGACAAAUUUUCGAUCUUUUGUUAUCAAUAUCAAUAAUGUGAUAAUUGAGAAUAUAAUUUGAGGGUGAUACGAAUUUAAUAUUGGACUUAAUAUUAAAGUUAUUUUUUAUAUUAUAUAAUAUUAUUAAAAAUAUUUAAAAAAGAGAAAGGUUCUAACAAAAGUAAUUUUAAUAAUGAAAUUGCUUCGCUUACAUCAAACGAGAAACUUCGAUUCUGAAAUGGCAAAUUUUCAACAGUAAAAUUAGUAUUUCCUAAAUAAACUAGGAAUACGUAGAAACAGUGAAGAUUGCAGGAACAAGUAUGAAUACAAUCUUAAAGAAGGGGUUGUUAUCAAUAUAAAAGUAACAAGUUCAUAGCAUGGUAACGUUUAUGAAACUACCACAUUCUCGUAGAUGUUGAAAUAAAAUACUUUCCCUUCAUCGUAAAAUGUAAAUGUAGUAACAAUCAUAUUGCUAAAUAUAUAGAUUCACGUUAAUAAGAAGAGAAUCAACAAAACAAGCGUAUAAGAAAACAGAUCAUUUUGGAUUGCAAAAUUAAGUUUCAAUGAAUAAUUAUUUUUGAAUGAGGUUAAAUGAACUUAUCAUCGUUACGAAAACAAAAAUAUUGAGAAUAGUUACCUGUGUUUUAUGGACUAUUCAUUGAUUUGUAUUACUUUUUAACAGAUUGUAGGACUUACGUUGUUUCCACGUUAUAUGAAUUUUAUAUUUGAAAAAUACUCGUAUUUCAUAUGACAUUUAGUUUCGUAGAGUGUGUAUAUAGUACUGUAACUGUAAAGUGAUAUGUAUUUUUUCUUUUUGAAAGGAAGUAUACUAUGUAAUAUUAUACUACUAGUAAAUUUGAUUAUGUUA